GGCCGGUGUCUCUCUUCAGCUCUCCGCUUCCCGCAGACAGUCCUUCACUCCUCACAGCCAUGUCCAACGUCGCCGAUACCAAACUAUACGACAUUCUCGGGGUCUCCCCUUCGGCCUCCGAGAACGAAUUGAAAAAGGCUUAUCGCAAAUUAGCAAAGGAAUAUCAUCCUGACAAAAACCCAAAUGCCGGAGACAAGUUCAAAGAGAUUAGCUUUGCCUAUGAAGUACUUACAAAUCCAGAGAAGAGGGAUAUGUAUGACCGCUAUGGGGAACAGGGUCUGCGAGAAGGUGGCUGUGGUGGAGGUGGGAUGGAUGACAUCUUUUCCCACAUCUUUGGCGGUGGUCUUGGUUUCAUGGGUGGACAAGGCAGGAGCAGGAACGGAGGGCGGCGGAGAGGGGAAGAUAUGGUUCACCCACUGAAGGUGUCUCUUGAAGACUUGUACAAUGGAAAAACAACCAAAUUACAGCUGAGCAAGAAUGUUCUAUGUAGCACUUGUAAUGGUCAAGGUGGGAAGUCUGGUGCGGUCCAGAAGUGCACAGCCUGCAGAGGGCGUGGCAUGCGUAUUAUGAUCAGACAGCUGGGUCCUGGAAUGGUCCAACAGAUGCAGUCAGUGUGCACUGACUGUAAUGGUGAAGGUGAGGUGAUCAGUGAAAAGGAUCGCUGCAAAAAGUGUGAGGGGAAGAAGGUGAUUAAAGAGGUGAAGAUUCUGGAAGUGCAUGUUGAUAAAGGCAUGAAGCAUGGACAGAAGAUUACUUUCGGAGGAGAGGCUGACCAGUCACCUGGAAUAGAACCUGGAGACAUUGUUCUGGUCCUGCAGGAGAAAGAGCAUGAGGGUUUUCACAAUUCUUGA